AUGGAGACAUCAACACCAGAUGUGCAGUUCUUGAGGAGCCUCAUGAAGGCGCACCCUGAUUUUCCAAAGAAGGGGAUCGUCUUUCUAGACAUCUUCCCCAUAUUCCGCGACCCCUUGGGCUCUGAGACGCUUAUCACACACCUGCUAUUCCAUUUGACGUCGGUCACUAUCCCGCGAACACCGAACAAGAAGAUAGAUGUCGUUGUCGGUCUUGACGCCCGGGGGUUCCUCCUCGGUCCUAUAAUCGCCCUCCGGUUGGGGGCUGCCUUCGUACCUGUGAGGAAGAGAGGAAAACUCCCCGGUAAAUGCAUACAAGCGACGUACGAGAAGGAAUAUGGACCGGAUAUCUUCGAGAUGCAAUCGGACGCAAUCCAGCCAGGUCAGAAUGUCAUUGUCGUCGAUGAUCUCAUCGCCACCGGCGGUUCGGCGAAAGCGGCCGGGGAGCUUGUCGCUCAACUUGGCAGCAAAGUUGUCGAAUAUUUGUUUAUCGUAGAGUUGGCAUUCCUCAAGGGUGUCGAAAAGCUUGACGCGCCAGCCUACUCCAUCGUAAAGGAGAACGACUAG